UGGCACGCAAGGAGUUGAGAUAUACACACAAAGUAUACACCAGAAUAAUUUAAUAAUAAAUAAUACAAAGGCUGCAGAUCAAUUUGAUCUCUAUUUGUAUACACCCAUCGCCUCAGAUUUUCGUUCAGUUGCUGAUUUGGAAGACAGUUUGGAUAAACUUAGCCAGCUGUUUCGUAGUUUUGACACUAAUUUGGUUGUUUAAAUCCCCACAAAUUUUGAUUUCUGUGCAGAGGCAAAAUUUAGAGUUGGGUAUUUGAUUUCUGAGCAGAUUUCUGCCAUUUGGCAAUACAAACAGACAUUCGUGGUUCACAGUGAAGGUUUCCAUUAAAUUGAAGCUUGUCUGUAAGUGAUAAUUCAGGGGAGGAUAUGGAUUACAGUGAUGAAGCGGAGAAUGGAAUGGAUGGAAAGCGGCCUCUUUUGGUGCCCGAGAGAGGGAGUUCGCGGCCUCUUUUAUUGCCUGAGAGAGGCAUGUCCAGUUACAGGGGAUCUGAGAUGUUCAGAGGGAGUACUGCCACUGCUAUCUUCUGUACAAUGGUUGUAGCCUUGGGGCCUGUGCAGUUUGGAUAUACAAAUGGAUAUUCAUCACCUGCUCAAGAUAAAAUCACAAGUGAUCUUAGCCUCACAGUCUCCCAGUACUCUUUAUUCGGUUCUCUAUCCAAUGUUGGUGCGAUGGUUGGAGCCAUAGUAAGUGGGCAAAUUGCUGAUUACAUUGGACGGAAAGGGGCACUAAUAGUAGCAGCCAUCCCAAAUAUUGCAGGAUGGCUCACCAUUGCUUUUGCAAAUAAUGCUGCAUUGUUGUAUGUGGGUAGAUUAUUGACAGGCUUUGGUGUGGGAGUGAUAUCAUUCACAGUACCUGUAUAUAUUGCUGAAACAGCUCCAAAGCAAUUGCGGGGUUCUCUUGGUGCUGUAAAUCAGCUUUCUGUUACAAUUGGCAUAAUGCUGGCAUAUCUCUUUGGACUUUUUGUACCAUGGAGACCUCUGGCAAUUAUAGGUGUAACUCCUUGUGCCCUUCUGAUUCUUGGGCUAUUCUUUAUCCCAGAAUCACCAAGAUGGCUGGCUAAGACAGGCAUGAAUGCAGCUUUUGAAGGUGCAUUACAGACUCUUCGUGGGUAUGAAACUGAUGUAACAGUUGAAGAAGCUGAAAUUAAGAGUGCAGUGGAGUUGGACAAUCAGGAAAGUCAAAUCGGUUUGUCUGAACUCCGUGAGAUGCGAUAUUUAUACCCUCUGGUUAUAGGAAUUGGGUUGCUGCUAUUGCAGCAAUUGAGUGGAGUUAAUGGUAUUAUGUUCUACAGUACCUCCAUUUUCAAAUCUGCAGGAAUUUCAUCUGGCAAUGUUGCAACCCUUGGACUUGGUGCCAUCCAGGUCAUCAUGACUGCUGUAACUACAUGGUUGAUGGACAAAGCUGGUCGGCGUGUCCUCCUCAUGAUAUCAUCUGCUGGAAUGACUUUCUGCAUUUUCCUUGUGGGUCUUGCAUUUUUCUUGAAGAGCCAUGUGUCGGGAGAUUCUUAUCAAACAUUUUUCAGUGUUUUGGCCUUAUUUGGUCUGUUGUUCUACAUAAUUUCCUUCUCUCUUGGUAUAGGAGCCAUCCCAUGGGUUCUCAUGUCAGAGAUACUUCCUCCUAAUGUAAAAGGUGUUGGUGGUAGUGUUGCGACUUUGGCAAACUGGUUGUCAUCUUUUGCAGUGACCAUGACAAUCAAUCUGCUUCUACUAUGGAGUGCUGCAGGGACUUUUUGGAUUUAUGCUGGUGUGUGUCUUUUUACUCUGAUAUUUGUGGCAUUGUGGGUACCUGAAACUAAAGGCCAAGGUCUAGAAGAAAUCCAAUCAUCAUUCCGAGAAUCUUUCCGAGAAUGAAAUUGAUCUGGUUAGUGGUUACCAUUCUUUUAAGAUCUUAUUGCUGAAGGAGUUGUAUUCUAUAAUCAUCUCUUACUGUCAGCUGCUUCAAAGAGAGCUAUUGGAAGGUUUAGCACAUUCAAAAGGUUUCUUUGAGGCCAAUUUUGUUUUUGAAGAUGCACAUAUAAGUCAAAUGCUAAUGCAAAAUAGCAUGAUUAAGAAGGUGAUUAUCCGAUCACUUUUCUUCAGCAACGGGCCUGUUUUAUGUGGUGAAAGGUAUUUAUUAUAGCACAUAUCAAAUCUUUGCAUCCUCUGGAGCUUCCGUGCAAGGAUUUGCAUGUAGAUUGUAGAAACGAUUUAAAUUCAUCAAUUGUGUUGUCAAUAAGAGUUCCAUACUGCACGGAGAAAAUGAGUUCAAGAUUGUAUGUACCACUCCACCGUUGGUAAAAAUUUGUCUCAAAAUGUUUUAGUUUUAAUUUUUCUCAUGUGUAAGCAUUAUUAAUUCAUGAUAUUUAUGAUUGUAUAUUA